AUUGGGGGGGUUGUUAAAAAAUAAAUAUAAGAGGGCGGCCAUCUUUGUUGCUCUGCCUGGUGUAAAAUAUUCCAAAACGCCCCCCACUUUUUUCUGUGCCGAUUUGAAUAUUAAAUAAAUAUCAUAUAAUCGGACAAGAAUACGCUUUUUUUGAAUACAAGGACGGAUCCAAUGACAGGAAUAUAAUGUCCUCUCCUCUCCGGUCCUGUGAGGAAGACGAGGGCAUGGUGGUUAAUUCCGAGGGAGGAGAUUUUGAUGAAGAAGACGACGACGGAGACCUAGACGAGAACGCAAGCGACAUAAACUCGCCGGCGGCGCCUCGGGAAACUGCAACACCAGCCGCGCCAGACGAAGAGGCAGAGUUAUCAGACAGAGAGGUCCCGCUGAGGAAGAAAGGCCGGCCGAAGAAGAAGAAGGACGCGAAGAAGAAAGACAAAGAGGGGAAACCCGUCAAAGCAAAAAAACGCAAGAAGAUUGACAGUGAUGUAGAGAGAGACUCAGACAGAGAAAGAGACUAUGGCGAGAACUCGGACAGCAUUGCCAGCGACUAUGGUUCUGGUGAGAAAAAGAAAAAGAAGAAACACAAAGAAAGGAAGGAGAAGAAAACCAAGAAAAAGAAAAAAGACGAUGGGGAUCGAGACAGCAGUCAGGAGGAAACAACAAAGCAACCGUUAGAGCAGAAGACCUCAGCCCAGCUGGCGAAAGAGUGGGGUCUGGAGGAUGUCGAUCAUAUCUUCACAGAGGAGGACUACAGGGAACUCACAAACUACAAAGCCUUCAGCCAGUUCAUGAGGCCAAUGAUCGCCAAGAAGAACCCGAAGAUCCCCAUGUCAAAGAUGAUGACCAUCCUGGGGGUCAAGUGGAGGGAGUUUAGCUCUAACAACCCCUUCAAGGGCAAUGCUGCUGCUGUCGCGGCUGCCGCUGCCGCCGCUGCCAUCGCUGUUGCUGAGCAGGUCUCUGCAGCGACCGCCUCACCUGAACCACCACCUCAGCCGCCACCUAUUAGAAAAGCCAAGACAAAAGAGGGCAAAGGCCCAGGUUAUAAGAAGCGCAGUAAAAGUCCUCGAGUUCCAGACAAGAAAAAGGCUUCAGCUGUAGCCAAAGCUAAAAAGAUGGCACCCAUCCGUAUUAAAUUAUCACCUAUUGGUGCCAAGAGGAAGAAGAGCUGCUCAAGCGAGGAUAUGGAUGAGGACGACUCUGAGCAGGAGGACUCCAGUGUUCACAGCUCUUCGGUACGCUCUGACAGCUCUGGCCGAGUGAAGAAGAACAAGCGGGGACGGCCUGCCAAGAAGAAGAAGAAAAUCCAAGGUGAAGAGGAAGGGGAUGGCUACGAGACUGAUCAUCAGGACUACUGUGAGGUGUGUCAGCAGGGCGGAGAGAUCAUCCUGUGUGACACUUGUCCUCGAGCGUACCACCUCGUCUGCCUUGAGCCUGAGCUGGACAAGGCCCCCGAGGGCAAGUGGAGCUGUCCCCAUUGUGAAAAAGAGGGAAUCCAGUGGGAAGCAAAAGAUGAAGACUUUGAGGAUUUUGAGGAGGACAGCGAGGACAGAGUGAUAUCAGAGGUCGGUGUGAGGGUCGCCACUGGGGUGGAUGAGGAAGAUGACGACCACAUGGAGUUCUGUCGGGUGUGUAAAGACGGAGGUGAGCUGUUGUGCUGUGACACCUGUACGUCCUCCUACCACAUCCACUGUCUGAACCCGCCGCUGCCAGAGAUUCCCAACGGAGAGUGGCUGUGUCCACGAUGCACGUGUCCACCAAUCAAGGGACGUGUCCAGAAGAUCCUCCACUGGCGAUGGGGUGAGCCUCCGCCUCCCAUUCCUGUCCCACCCGCUCCUGACGCUCCACCUGACGCACCACCACCACCACCAAUGAAAGGCAGGGCUGAGAGGGAGUUCUUUGUCAAGCUGACUGGGCAGUCGUACUGGCACUGUACCUGGAUCACUGAGCUGCAGCUGGAGAUCUUCCACUCUGUGAUGUAUAGAAACUACCAGCGGAAGACGGACAUGGACGAACCUCCCAGCUUAGAUUACGGCUCGGGCGGGGAGGAUGAGAACGGAGUUGGAAAGAGCGAGAAGAGAAGGGCCAAAGACCCCGAGUAUGCCAUCCUGGAGGACAAAUACUACAGAUAUGGCAUCAAGCCUGAGUGGAUGAUGAUUCACCGCAUCAUCAACCACAGUGUGGAUAAGAAGGGGAUAUACCACUACCUGGUCAAGUGGAGAGACCUCGCCUAUGACCAGUGUACAUGGGAGAGAGAUGACAUGGAUAUCCCUGACUUUGCAAUUUACAAGGCCAGCUACUGGAAACACAGGGACAUCAUAAUGAAGGAGGACCCAGACAAACCCAGGAAGAUAAGGAGCAAGAACUCAGAGGGUGAAGAAGAGUCUCCAGGCUCACCCCUCACUGAUCCUACGAUAAAAUACGAGGAGCAGCCAGACUUCGUCACGUCUACAGGCGGUACGCUACAUUUGUACCAACUGGAGGGUCUGAACUGGCUUCGGUUUUCGUGGGCUCAGGGCACUGACACCAUCCUCGCGGAUGAGAUGGGCCUGGGAAAGACCAUCCAGACCAUCGUCUUCCUCUAUUCACUUUUUAAAGAGGGUCACACUAAGGGUCCAUUUCUGGUCAGUGCUCCGCUCUCCACCAUCAUCAACUGGGAGAGGGAGUUUGAGAUGUGGGCACCCGAUUUCUACGUGGUGACGUACACCGGAGACAAGGACAGCCGAGCCAUCAUCCGAGAGAACGAGUUCUCCUUUGAUGACACGGCUGUCAAAGGAGGAAAGAAGGCCUUCAAACUGAGACGAGAGGCUCCUAUUAAAUUCCAUGUGCUGCUGACCUCCUAUGAGUUGGUGACCAUCGACCAAACGGCGCUAAAGUCUAUCGACUGGGCCUGUCUGGUCGUGGAUGAAGCUCACCGUCUCAAGAACAACCAGUCGAAGUUUUUCAGGCGUCUGAACGACUAUAAGAUCGACUACAAGCUUCUGCUGACGGGAACUCCAUUACAGAACAACCUGGAGGAGCUGUUUCACCUGCUCAACUUCCUCACACCCAACCGCUUCAAUAACCUCGAGGGCUUCCUAGAAGAGUUUGCUGACAUCUCCAAGGAGGACCAGAUCAAGAAGCUCCAUGAUCUGCUGGGGCCUCACAUGCUGCGCAGACUGAAGGCCGACGUCUUCAAGAACAUGCCCGCCAAGACCGAGCUGAUUGUCAGAGUGGAGCUGAGCCCUAUGCAGAAGAAGUACUACAAGCUAAUUCUGACCAAGAACUUCGAGGCUCUAAACUCGAAAGGAGGAGGAAAUCAGGUCUCGCUGCUGAACAUCAUGAUGGACCUAAAAAAGUGCUGCAAUCAUCCCUACCUCUUCCCCGUCGCCUCGAUGUUUCCAGGAAGCCCCAAAACACCCAGCGGUGCUUAUGAAGGGUCAGCCCUCACUAAGGCCUCUGGGAAACUGAUGCUGUUGCAGAAGAUGCUGAGGAAGCUGAAGCAGGGGCACCGAGUACUGGUCUUCUCACAGAUGACUAAAAUGCUCGACUUACUAGAAGAUUUCCUGGAUUAUGAAGGUUACAAGUACGAGCGAAUUGAUGGAGGCAUCACGGGAGCACUGAGGCAAGAAGCCAUCGACCGCUUUAACGCUCCUGGCGCUUGCCAGUUUUGUUUCUUGCUCUCCACCAGAGCCGGAGGUUUAGGCAUUAACCUGGCCACAGCGGACACUGUCAUCAUCUUCGACUCAGACUGGAACCCUCAUAAUGACAUUCAGGCGUUCAGUCGAGCUCACCGCAUCGGACAGGCCAACAAGGUCAUGAUUUAUCGUUUCGUGACGCGAGCCAGCGUGGAGGAGCGUAUCACCCAGGUGGCCAAGAGGAAGAUGAUGCUGACCCAUCUAGUGGUGCGCCCGGGCUUGGGAUCCAAGGCGGGCUCCAUGACCAAGCAAGAGCUGGACGACAUCCUCAAGUUUGGAACGGAAGAGCUCUUCAAGGACGAGGGGGAAGGUGACAGAAGUUAAAUUGGAUUGAAGAAUAGUUCAGGGGAUAAGUUGAAGACGAGGGCAAACGUCAUUCAUUAUGACAGCACCGCCAUCGAGAGGCUGCUGGACCGAAGCCAAGACGACACAGACGACUCGGACGUCCAGAACAUGAACGAGUACCUCAGCUCCUUCAAAGGCCAGUACAUGGUGCGAGAAGAGGAUAAGAUCGAGGAGAUCGAGCGGGAGAUCAUCAAACAGGAGGAGAACGUGGACCCAGAUUAUUGGGAGAAGCUGCUGCGGCAUCACUAUGAGCAGCAACAAGAGGAUCUGGCGAGCAAACUCGGCAAAGGCAAGAGGAACCGCAAGCCUGUCAACUACAAUGACGCUGCACAGGAAGACCAAGAGUGGCAUGCUGACAUUUCAGAUAACCAGUCCGAGUACUCGGUGGGCUCCGAGGAGGAGGACGAGGACUUUGAUGAUCGGCCAGAAGGACGACGGCAGUCACGUCGCCAGCUGAGGAAUGACAAAGAACCUCUGCCUCCUCUUCUGGCCAGAGUGGGAGGCAACCUUGAGGUCCUGGGCUUUAACACACGCCAGCGUAAAGCUUUCCUGAACGCUGUAAUGCGCUGGGGCAUGCCGUCUCAGGGCUUUUCUUCUCAGUGGCUUGUAAGAGACCUCAAGGGCAAGACUGAGAAAGAAUUCAAAGCUUACGUGUCCCUCUUUAUGCGCCACCUGUGCGAGCCGGUUGCUGAUGGAGCCGAGACGUUUGCCGAUGGCGUCCCCAGAGAGGGACUGUGUCGACAGCCAGUUCUCACACGUAUUGGUGUCAUGUCACUUGUGAAGAAGAAGAUCCAGGAGUUUGAGCACAUUAACGGGCGGUGGAGUCUUCCAGAGCUCAAGUCUGAGGUCACCAUAGACAAAUCCUCCUCCAGGGCCUCCUCUCCUGCAGUGAAAACUGCCACGCCUACCCCCGAUGCCAGCUACAACAACACACCGUGCACCUCCAAGCCAGCGACCCCUGCUCCGGCAGAGAAGCUAGAAAAGAACGGGAAGGAGGGAGAAAAGGAAGAGGACAGGGAUGACGCUGAGGCUGCAGUGGAAAAAGAGAAACUGAAGGAGAAGGAUGAAGGGAAAGAUUUGGAUGGCACCAAAACUGGAGAUCCUGAAGAGCUUUCCUCCUCGACAAAAGAAGCAUCACAAAAUCCAUCCUCUGGUCAAAAAACUCUAAACAAAGAAGACAGCGAUCUGAAAGAGGACGAGAAGAAAGAAGCAACUGAUGACUCAGCUUCCACUACAGAGGAGAAGAAAAUACAGGAGGAAAGUAAAGAGGAGACUAAACACUCCAAGCCAGAUACAGAAGUCAAAGACGAGAAAUCCGAGGGAGAAAGGGCUGGGGAGGAGAAGGAGAAGGAAAAAGAAAAGCGGGAGAGAACACCUACCACAACGGAAACAGCAGAUGCCAAGGAUAAGACCGAGGUGUCUGAUGUGAGGAAAGAAGAGGUCAAAGGUGAAAAGGAUGCUGGGAAAGAAGUCAAAGCAGCGAAGGAGGAGGCGCCGAAGGGUAACGGGAAGCCUCCGGCUGAGCGACCUCGCUUCAUGUUCAACAUCGCAGAUGGUGGCUUCACUGAGCUGCACACUCGCUGGCAGAACGAGGAGCGGGCUGCAUCUCCCGGGGAGAUGAACGAGAUCUGGCACCGCCGGCACGACUUCUGGCUGCUGGCGGGAAUCGUGAUUCACGGCUACGCUCGAUGGCAGGACAUCCAGAAUGAUCCCCAGUUUGCCAUCAUCAAUGAGCCUUUCAAGUCACAGGCGAAUAAAGGCAACUUCCUGGAAAUGAAGAACAAGUUCCUGGCUCGGCGCUUCAAGCUGUUGGAGCAGGCGCUGGUGAUAGAGGAGCAGUUGCGGCGGGCAGCUUACCUAAACAUGACCCAGGACCCCAGCCACCCGGCCAUGGCGCUUAAUGCACGCUUUGCAGAGGUGGAGUGCCUGGCGGAGUCACACCAGCACCUCAGCAAGGAAUCCCUGGCAGGGAACAAGCCAGCCAAUGCUGUCCUGCACAAAGUGUUGAACCAGUUGGAGGAGCUGCUGAGCGACAUGAAGGCCGACGUGACUCGGCUACCGGCCACGCUGUCCAGAGUCCCACCCAUCGCCGCCCGCCUGCAGAUGUCAGAGAGGAGCAUCCUCAGCCGACUGGCCAGCAAGGGCACCGAGACGCACACCCCCCCGCCCAUACCUCCAGGACCCUACGCCACCCCUCAGAACUACGGAGCCCCCUUCACACCCGCACCCCCGAGCGCCCUACACAUGGGAGGGGCCAACUACAGUCAGAUGCCGCCCGGAUCAUUCAUAUCAGAAGCCGCCGCCGCUGCUGGGGCCACCGGGGGAGCUGCUGGUGGAGCCACCGGAGGGCCAGCCGGUGUUUGCCAGAAGAUCAAGGAGCACGAUGUGGUGCAGCGGCAGCGAGUGGUGGACCUUUGGAAGGACGGAAAGUCAGAGGGGGCCAUUGGGCAUGAGCUGAGGAUGCCUAAAUCUACGGUGCACAGCAUCAUCGUCAAGUACCGGCUCAGCAACACGGUGGAGAACCUGCCGCGCAAUGGGCGACCAAAGAAACCCUGACGGGCAACGAGGGAGGUGAAAAAAAAGGGGACGCUUGGA